AUGCACAAGACGGCUCUUCAGAUGAAAGCCAUUCUGGAAAAUGUGACAAAUUUGAGACCAAAUGGCGAUGACUUUCGAUGGUAUCUAAAGUUUAAAUGCAAUAAUUGUGGCGAAGAGUCCGAUAAAUGGAUGUAUUUGUCACUUGAGGAGACAUUCCCGAUGAAGGGCAGCAAAGGUGAGGCACAUCUGGUGACCAAAUGCAAGAUGUGUUCACGUGAUUGUUCUGUCGAUGUGUUUCCCAAACCGUUAGACAUCUUAUCGGAUAUGAUAUCGAAAUACACUAAUGAAGACUCGAAUACAUUUAAGACAAUCGCCGCCUUUGACUGCAGGGGUCUCUCAAUCAUCGACUACUCGCCGAGGAUUGGGUUCGUCUGCGAGGGCACAGACAGUGGCACCGCUUUCGAUGACGUGAACCUCGAGGACAACGAUUGGGUCGAUUACGACGAGAAGAGUAACGCUUCCGUUCGUGUAUAUGAUCUUCAGUUCAAAUUCAUUACAAUGAAAGGCAAAUGA